UGCCUGGGCUGGGGGAGCGAGCGAGCAAGGCGAGGAACAGCGAGCGCCGCCAGCGCUGGGUCACUCGGCGCCCGCCCUGGCGCCAGGCUCGGCUGGCUGCAGCCCCGAAGCCAAGCGAGCAAACCCCGGCGCCCGCUGGCCACCAGCAGCCCGCUCCGCCCGGCCGGAUCCUGAGCUUCCCGGACGCCGGCAGAGCGAGGAAAAGAAUUGAGAAGGUCCUAUUAAGUUAUCCUGGUCAGAUAGAAUAAGGGACACAGAAGGCAACUUUAGAAGCUCACUUGAAUGCGCCCAGGCAGAAAAAGCCGCUUCCCCUUCCGACUAGAACAAUGCUGGAGGGCAGGCGAGGUGGCGUGCCAGCCCAAGUCUGAGAACAGGUGAACAACGGGCGAAGAGGAGGGCAGGGCGAGGUUGGCGCUGACCUAGACGCUGCCCUAGAGGAAGCCAGCUUGGAGGGGGGAGAAAAAAAGAGGAGUGGAAGAGUCAAACCCUUGGCAGGCAGGCUGGCGGCUGAGCCAUGGCUACCAAUUUCAGUGACAUCGUCAAGCAAGGGUAUGUGAAGAUGAAGAGCAGGAAACUUGGGAUUUAUCGGCGUUGCUGGCUGGUGUUUCGGAAAUCUUCCAGCAAAGGUCCCCAGAGGUUGGAGAAAUACCCAGAUGAGAAGUCAGUGUGUUUACGAGGAAGCCCAAAGGUCACAGAGAUCAGCAAUGUGAAAUGUAUCACGAGGUUGCCCAAGGAGACCAAACGCCAAGCUGUGGCAAUCAUAUUUAUGGACGACUCAGCUCGGACGUUCACCUGUGAAUCAGAACUGGAAGCCGAAGAAUGGUACAAAACGCUGUCCGUUGAAUGCCUGGGGGCCCGGCUCAACGACAUCAGCCUCGGUGAGCCAGAUCUGCUGGCGCCCGGAGUUCAGUGUGAGCAAACAGACCGGUUCAAUGUCUUCCUCCUGCCCUGCCCCAACCUGGACAUCUAUGGUGAAUGCAAAUUGCAGAUCACUCAUGAAAACAUUUACCUCUGGGAUAUGCACAAUCCCCGGAUCAAGCUCGUUUCCUGGCCUUUGUGUUCCCUGCGCCGCUACGGAAGAGAUGCCACACGGUUCACCUUUGAAGCUGGCCGCAGGAUGUGUGAUGCAGGGGAAGGGCUGUACACCUUCCAGACCCAGGAGGGCGAGGAGAUCUAUCAGAGGGUGCACAGCGCCACCUUAGCCAUUGCCGAGCAGCACAAGCGAGUCCUGAUGGAGAUGGAGAAGAACGUGAGAUUGUUGAACAAGGGGACAGAGCAUUAUUCCUAUCCCUGCACACCUACCACCAUGUUGCCACGCAGUGCUUACUGGCAUCAUAUCACCGGCUCACAGAACAUCGCUGAGUCUUCCAGCUACGGGGGUGACAGCUACUCUGGUCCCCAGGCCAGCUCAGAGACUGACCUCUUGAACCGCCUAAUCUUACUGAAGCCAAACUCUUCCAAGAGUGGGAAAAGUGACGGCAAAGACCCCACCUCGGCUACCCAGUGAGGCCGCUCAAGACCAAGUGAGGAAAACUGUUGGGGUGCCCACUCAGGCCAAGGGACCGAAGAUGUUUUUUUUUACUUGCUCCUGCCCUUCCACGAAAGGCCCAGGGACGACAUUUUGUGCAGGGGAACAGUGCAAGCUUUGCCCCGGGGUGGCUCCAACACGAACGUUCUAGAUCCAGGAGCUGUGGACCGUCUGGUCAACGAACCCGGCCUGGCCCAGGAUGUCAGCAGGCAUCCAGAUCUUCUGAAAAGGACGAGCUAUAUAUUAUUACAACUAUUUUCAAUAUAUCGUAUUGUUUAUGCAUAUCCUAUAUAUCCAGAGAGGGGGGGUCUCCCCCGAAUGCACAUCUUUUGGCCAUCAAGGCCAGAAGUUUAGACGGUCGGAGGGAGGAUUCGGCCCCGAGGGGGGAGGGCCUCUUCCUUUCUCACAUAGGGGAACAGCACCUUGGACCUGGGCCAGGUUGAAGUCUUCCCACGUCAUUUGGGAGCCGAAGGAUGGACCUGUGAGGGGUUGUGGGGCUGGAAGAGGGGCUGCUGGCCCAGGCUUUCAGAAACAGCCUCAUUGCUCUGCCGAUCCAUGCUGCAGACCUCAACCAGGUCUUUGGGAGGCCCCAAAUAAACCUGUCUUCGGCACAGCAACCCUGCAGGGGAAAGCAGAGCAACAAAAGAUAUCCUUGGGGACCUCUGCCUGCCCUCCUCAGAAAUGCAGCUUGCUCAGCAACGCUUCCUCACAGACCCUUCGGCCCUCCCUGGAGAUUCCAGCUUCCCCUCCCCUCAGCAACGGUAGCACAAAUUUCCUUCUGGCUGUGCUCUCUCCACGGGGCUGCCAGCUCAGGACAAGAGGGAUGGGUGGGGAGCUUGAGGCCUUGGUUCUGUCGCUGUGCCCAAAAGCUGCUUUCCUUGGGGCUAUUUGGGGCCAAUCGUGAGCUGCAAGGGGUGUCCCUCCUCAAACACGGGUGCUCUAUUGGAGGUCAGUUCUUCACCCGGCACAGACCCCUGCUGUUCCUGAAGGGAGGAGAUAUUGACUGGGUUUUGCCGCAAGUCUCCUUAGAUUUGGGCUUAGCGUGUGGUGUGAACCCAGCCACCGUGGUUUCUUUGCCAAGCCUUUGCUAUACCUUUGCAGGGUUUAUAGCUUAGCAGGUACACUCAGUCCCAUGUGGCUUACUCAACCAACUGUGGUUCAUGCCAACCAUUGCCUCAGCACAAUGUAGAAGCGAUAAUUGCAAAAGGGGAAGCAGCUGGGGGUGGCCUCCUUGAGGCAGGGGGUUGUUGGAAGAUUUCUUGUUACAUUCCAGUUGGAAAGUUUUGCCUCUCCUCAAGUCUAUCUCCUACCUCUACCCCCCACCCAACAAACCACCUCCAAGGCCACUCCCUCCUUUCUCUGUCCUCAAGGCAAGCUGUGGGUCCCACCGGUCAGUCCCAGCCUUCUUUUGAUUGGCAGGAGACAAAUCAAUUGCUUGUUUCCAGAAGGCCCCUUAAUUUCAAUUCCCGGCUUCUUCUUCUCUUCUUGGACAGUCGAAAAGGUUGUCCACUUUUAGCCUGGCCCCUUGACCAUGGCUUGGCCUUCAGGCAGAAGCACAGUGGAGGACGUGUCUUUCAAGUGCUUUGAAGGACUCUGUUGAAGGAACCUCUCGACUUUCCUUCUUGAAAAGGCUCUCCUGAGAACACAGUCCCACCUUCUCCCUCCUUUCCCGGUAUAGUUAGUCAAGGCAGUCUUCUCCAAGCUGGUGCCCUCCGGAUGUACCGCUCCAAAUCCCAUAAUCGUUAGCCCGUACUGCCAAGGGGAUGAUGUGAACUGACACCCCGGUAGAUUUGGGGGCCACCAGCUUGGGAAGGGCCAUCUUGGUAAAAUGCUUCCACGGAGCACCUGGAUUUCCUAUGCUGAACUUUUUUUAAACAGAAGCAAUUGGUUUUCUAGUUUUACUAUUUAUUGAAUAACUUUUAGAAGGGCUAUCUUUUUAUAGUCGUACAAUUGGUAGUGUUGUUUUUUGUGUUCUUUACUUUGUUCCUUUCUUUUUUCCUCUCUCAAUAAUGCUGGAGAUAUUUGCCCUCUCUUGUGCUCUGUAUGUGUAAAUAACCAUGUUUUGGAUCCUGUGUGUAAGUGAGAGAAGGGAGACGUUUCCAAGCCAGGAGAGAGAAAACAAUGGAAAUGAAUGGAAGGGACCAGCCGAUGUUAAGCUCAGCUCCAAGUCCAGUUGAAAUCUAUAUUAAUGCCGAUGUAUGGGGAGGGGAGGGAAAAGAGACCACGGACUGCGGGAUUCAAGAGCUGCAGUGAAAGCACCCAAAUGUUUUGUAACUGAUGAUUUUUUUUCCCAGAAUUCCUUUGCUCUUCUCUUCCCAAGGCCAUCUGCAAAAACAGAAACACAAUUCUGAGCCUGAGAUUAAAUUAGCCACAGCCUCACCACUG